AUGCUCACGGUACUGCGCAGGAAGGUUUACAACCGUUUGUCUCUGCCACACAGAUGCCAAGUCUACUGCGCGGUCCUCAUGCUUUUGAUGGUGUCCGUCUACCACAUAGAAGAGGUAGUGAAAAGGAGUUGGGAAAGGCCUCGCCUGUUAAAUGAGGUGUUUUAUCCGCACAAGAACAACGAGAACUGUACAUCGUUCCACAGCAGAGAUUGCACGCCCAUGCCCAUCGAUCUGGUGUACACGUGGGUCAAUGGGUCAGACGAGACCCUGGUGAUGGAUCUGAUAGAGGCCAGACAGCAACUGGCGGAGGAAGAACGAAGUCUGAGGGAGGAGCCAGAAUGCACGCUGUCCCACUGCAUUGCUGCGCCGGUGUUGGUGCUGAAUCCCGCUCUGCCUGCGGGUGUGCCCGUCAAUGAUCUACCAUCGCUGUCACCCUCCCUUUCAGAAGCAGUGGCGCUGCUGAAACUCAACCAACCGCUCCAUCCGGUCUCGGCUGUCGUCUUCCAUUCGCGAUCUGACGCUGAAAAAGCGUUGGAAGGUGUGCUCAAUGAAGGCAAAAAAGUAUUCUCAGUCUCCAAAAGUUACCUGACCACCGACAAGGAGCUUCCAGGUUUAAUCCGAAUGCAGACUAUGGCUUACUUAGGUGGAUUUUCCCCAAAGGUAUCAGAGAAUCUGCGAGCCAAAUUGCCUGCUGCUAUCAGCGACAAGAUCACUGAGUUGGAGUUGUACCCACAAGACCACAUCGCUCUGCUCCACUUCAAAAGUCCACAGCACUUGACUGAUCUCCUUCAGGAAGAUACACUGAUGUUGGAUGGGGAGAAGUUGGCCAUCAGCCCCGUGUAUUUGUUCUGGGACCUGAGUGGCAUCAUCAAGUUUUUACAGACGCAGUCUAUCCUUACAAAAUCAGAGAAGAGAAGUUCUCUGUCAGCAAACCGCUUCGAGGACAAUGAUGCCCUUCGUCAUUCACUGCGCUCCGUGGAGAAAUACGUCCCCUGGGUGCGACACAUCUUCAUUGUGACAAACGGGCAGAUUCCCUCCUGGCUCAACCUGGAGAACCCUCGAGUUUCAAUUGUUACCCACAAGGACAUUUUCUUGAACCACAGCCACCUCCCCACCUUUAACUCCCGAGCUAUAGAGAGCAACCUCCACCGCAUCCCAGGAAUCUCUCAGAAGUUCAUUUACCUCAACGAUGACAUGAUGUUUGGCAAAGAAGUGUGGUUAGAAGACUUGUACACCCCUUCGAGUGGGCAGAAAAUAUAUCUCACCUGGCCUCUUGGCCCUUGUUCCAAGGGCUGCAGAGGAGCCUGGAUCAACAACGGGCAGUGCAAUGAGGCAUGCAACAACAUUGACUGCUUAUGGGAUGGAGGAGACUGCAAGGCAAAAAAGCACAGAUCUGCACGCAGUGCUGGGACUGAGAAGACCAGUAGAAAUACUGGUGGUACGCUUCUUCGAGCUGGCACAUCCCAGGCCGUGACACCAGAGUCACCACUAAUCUUCUCAAAGGAAGACAAAAGUGGUCCCAAAGUGGAAGUGUUUGACGCUGCUACAAUUCCACUGGCGAGGAAACUCCAACAAUUUGUCCCAUCUAAUGAAGACGUCCUGCUCUGGCAGAUGAAAAAAGACUUUAUAGACCUACUGGAGGAAGACGAGCAUCAACAGAGAGGGCUAAUGUAUGAGACCAAUGGUGCCGCCACUGGCCGAAAGCUACAGGACAGUUUUUUAGCUUCAUUAAACUACGUUGACAGGCUGUAUAACAGCAAGUUUGGCAUCAUGACACGAAAAGUGAUUGCACACGCACCCUACAUGAUUGACAAGUCGAUAAUGAAGGAGCUGCAAGACACAUUCCCAAAGGAAUUUGAGAUGACCUCAAGCCACCAUUUGCGUCACACAGAUGACAUGCAGUUUUCAUUUUCCUAUUUUUACUUCCUGAUGAGUGUCAAGCAGCAUACAAACAUCACUGAGUUUUUUGACAUAGUUGACCAAGAUCACUCUGGUGUUCUGUCUGAUAGCGAGAUUGAAGCCCUUGCCAAGGAUAUCUUUAAGCAGCCACUCAAACCUAUGGACCUGACAGGUUUGGGUAAUGAGUUGCUCAACUGCUCUAAAACAUUUUCAAAUGAAGUCAUGCAGAUCCACUCAGUGAAAUUUAGUCCAGAAGUCUACCAUGACCAAAACAUGCCUCAGAUCACAAAAUAUCUCUUCCUGAACUGCAAGCCUGUCACAGAUAGAAUUUAUAAAGCCAUUAAAAGGCAGAAUAAGUACAAGUAUACGAUCAUGGGGGAGCAGGAGAUACAUUUUAGGUUAAUCAAGAACGACAAUGACAGGAACAAAAUACUUUUUAAAGAUGUUCUGAACAAUGCCAAAAAGUUCAUCUGCCUGAAUGAUGACAUUGAUCGCAGCAAAAGCAAUGCCAAGGCAGUGGAAGCCAUGCUGGCACAAUUCUACCACGAUAUACUCCCGCAUCCAUCCCAGUUUGAACUGCCAAAAAGCAAAACCAACAAGUUCUUGAAGGUCGAUAAGAUGCAGGAAUGGGAAACUUACCAGGACACACUGAAGUUCUAUAGAUUCUGUGCCAUUGUGGUGCUCAUCAUCUUCAGUUUCAAGUUCAUCUUCAGUUUCAAGUUCAUCUUCAAAACGAUGAUCUGUUUGAAACAAAAGCUGCUGCAUGGAGGCAAAGAGUUCAAGUACAAGAAAUUGGAUAAAAUGUAGAGGCAGACUUCCCAGUCCAGUGGGGAGGGUCCUGUCUCAGAAGAAUCCGAAGUUGCUUGUUGAAGAAAUUAAUCUCUAUGUAACUAUAACAUUUGCUAAAGACAAAGCACACACCAAAGACGCUACAUAUGGAAAACAUACAAGGCAGAGAAAAUACACUUCUCAAAGUCACAUGGAGACCGUACCAUACAGUACAUGGUCAAGACCAAUACAUAACCGCUGCCUAAAGUACAAUUUUUGAUAGACAUCAGCCAAAUCUGACAACCAGCUGCUCUCCUAGAAGUCUUUCCUGCUGUGUCUUGUCUUCUGUCGGCAGAAAUGAUCAACGCUUGUAUAUAAAGUUGUUGGAUAAAGUAUUAUGUUAGUCUGAGCACUGAUUGUGUUUUGUGUCUAAAAAUUGCCUACCAUCACUUGUGUUUUGCAGGUGGUCAAGGACCAAGUGAAGUAACGGUCCAGAAGGAAUCACUUCAUGAUAAUGUUGGGCUUUUUCCCGCUCUUUUCAAAUGUCUUUGGAUAGUAUUCAGGAUUAACAUUUUAUUGUGCCUUGUAAAAUUGUAACAUUUAAAAUAGAAACCUCUAUUCUUGAAUCAUUCAUCAUUUAUUCAUAUUUUCACCACUGGGGACAGCUGAGGCUCAAUCCGACUGAAUUGUGUGAAAGUGCUCUGGCAAAGUAUUUGCCAUUUUCCUAAUUUCUUUAUUUUUAUUUGUCACACAUGUUUCAGAUGAGUGUAGUAUCUGCAAAUUAUAGCAUGUACAUUUUCUAUUAGAUUGGGCCUGAUUUAAAAUAAUCCAGGUCCCAGAACUCUGGAGUGUCACAGUCUCUGUCUGUUUGUCUCUGUGUGUGUCUUUGGGAGAGUGGGCGUGUUUUGGGCGUAGGCUUGGCUCCAGCUCUCAGCCUGGCACAGCUGAUCCCAGCACCCUAAUCACUCACCUGCCUGCCAUCAACUCAUCACCUGCAGCCUACAAAUGUUUGGACUUCACUCGGCGCGAUCGGCAGAUCGUUUCACCUUUCUACAUGUGUUCUCUACCUGCCGUGUGUGCCUGCCUCAGCCUGCUAGCCACAGCCUGCUAGCCUCAGUGUGCUCUCCUGGACUGCAAAGCCAAGGACUACGAGCUCCCUCCUUUCCCUCUGGUUUUAUUAAUAAUAACCCUUGAACUUUAAUUCUGCUUGUCUUUUCUGCAUUUGGAUCCACCAGUUUUACCUACCGUGACAUGGAGGGGUUUAUUACAUCGAUCUAACACUCCUUACUAGCUUCUGUUCCAGAUAUAUCAAACACAGCUCACUGCGAGAUGACUUGGGAAUCUUAGAAGAACAAGGUGUUUGUAUUUUAUCAUGGGAGUACAAGCACAUGAGCAAUGUUCUGAUAGGAGAAACCAUUAAUAGAAUUAGUGAUAAGGGGUCAGAGGUCACAACGCUUAUGUUUUCGGCAUUGGUACAAACAACAGACUAGCAGAACACAGAGAAAGUGUCUUCAUGUAAAAGGUAUUUAAGGAGAAGUAGUCUGGGCUGAAUAGAGAGAAUUUCAUUUGGCUAACAUCUCCUCCAGGUUUGCUGCAGCACCUGUUAAUGUGAGGCUCGCUUGAUUCUUCUUUGGCGUCAUCUUUGAUCCAUUCACAUCAUCACCAAGUCGUCCUCAGGUCCGGAUGAGGAUGACAAGACCAGCAAUAUACAACAAAAGUAAACAGACUGAAAUAAUAGACAAAAAUAACCCAAGUCAACAACACAGUGCAGUUAAGUGAUUAUUUGAUUUAUACGUGAAAAUAUUUUGCCCAGCUCCUCCCACGAGAUCCUGGGAUGUUCCCGGCCUCAUUUACUAAAGAUUUGCGUGUACUAAAACACAUGCAAACUUGACAGCACACG